GUACAGUAAGUAACCUGACAGGCUCAGUAGGAGGAAUUCUGAGUAACGUUACAGGAACCUUGAGUAACGUCACGGGCGCUGUCACAGGAGCCUUGAGUAACGUGACGGGGACUGUGAGCAACCUGACAGGCACCGUUGGAGGAGUUGUGGGUGGCGUGACAGGUACCUUGAGCAAUCUUACUGGGACUGUUGCAGGAGCCUUGAGUAACGUGACAAGUACUGUGAGCAACCUGACAGGUACCGUUGGAGGAGUUGUGGGUGGCGUGACAGGCACCUUGAGCAACCUAACUGGGACUGUCACAGGAGCCUUGAGUAACGUAACAGGUACUGUGAGCAACCUGACAGGCACCGUUGGAGGAGUGGUGGGUGGGCUUACGAGUGCCGUGGGCAGCGCUUUGAAUACUGUAACUGGUACUUUGGACUUGAAUUCGCUCAUCCCUAGUAUCACUAGUCUCAUUAGCAGCACUUUAGAUCCGUUGCUAAGCCAGGCCACCAGUGCUCUCAAUUCGACAGCUUCCACUGCUCUAUCUCAGAUCCAAAGCCAGGUUACUAGUCUCAACCAACUUCAACAAACCCUCAAUCAAACCCUCUCUGGCGUCAUUUCGACUCUGGGCAAUCAAACAAGUGCAUUGACCAACAGCGGCACUCAGUUGUUGAGCCAACUGACAGGCACGGCAUCUGGACUGACUUCCAACCUCACCGGCGCAGCAACUGCUCUAACAUCAGGCCUCACCGACACGGCGACUUCUCUCACGUCAGGCCUCGCCAACACAGCGACUUCUCUCACGACAGACCUCACCAACACGGCAUCGGGACUGACGUCCAGCCUUACAAAUUUGGCAACUUCUCUCACAGCCAGUCUCACCAACUCCACAUCCCAAUUGACAUCAGGCCUCACGGGCACCCUUUCGGGAUUGGAAACAGGUCUCACCCAGACGGCAAUAGGACUUACGUCAACUUUAGCAAAUACUGCCACUGGGUUGGUGUCAAAUAUAACGAAUCAGGCUCUCCAACUCUCGUCAACCCUGAAUAGCACCACUUCAGGAUUGACAUCCGGUCUCUUAUCGACUGCUAGUACCCUCACUUCCGGCUUGCAGAGCACCACCACGGGAUUAUUGUCAGGACUGACAAAUACGGCCACUCAAUUGACGUCUGAUCUGACUGGAACUGCAACUCAAUUGACUUCGAAGCUUGUUGAUCAGGCUGGGACCCUCACUCAACAACUCACCAAUCUGACCCAAGGCGCAACUCAACAAGCACUUCAGUUGGCCGGACAACUUACUAGCACGGCCACCGGCAUCACCAACGACCUUACGAAGCAAGCCACCGAAUUGACCAGCCAACUGUCCGGCACCGUUCAAAAUCUGACCGGAGAUAUCACGAAGCAAGCCACCCAACUGACCGGCACCGUUCAAAAUCUGACUGGCGAUAUCACGAAGCAAGCCAACGCCCUCCUUACCCAGACGAUCGCGGAUGCGACUUCCCAAGUCUCCGAUCUGACCCAGAAGCUGCAAUCAGAGACAUCCGUCGUCCUGCAAGGCCUCCAAGACGCUAUUCGUGGAGCUGGCAAUCUUUCCGAUGUCUUGGUGGACGUCGUUGGCGGCGCAACGUCCCCAAUCUACCAGUUAACAGACACCCUCCAACAUGCAACCGGUUUGGACUUGGGAGUAAUAAAGCAAGUGCUCGGCCUGGUAAACAGCACCACCGCUCCCCUGACGAACCUCGUCGGAAAAGUGCUCAAGGGUGUCACCGGCCUCCUUUCCAACACCGUGGGUGACCUGCUUAGUACACCUGGCUUCAGCCCACUGGCGAGCGAGGCCACCACCUCCUACAAGCUCACCAUGAAGUUCCUCAACGAACUCAUGCGUUUGGACGAUGAGACGAGGCAGAACCUCACCCAGCCUUGGAAUGAAUUCAUCAAGAGUUGCUCUUUCCAGGGUAGAGACUGCCACUUUGAGAAAUAUUUCCUCUAUUCCUUUGACCCAAAUUACGGAGCCUGCUAUACCUUCAAUAGCCUCCUUAAUGAAGAAGACGACUACUUCCCAGGAAAUCGACAAACUGGACUCUCCGGAUUACUUUCCGGUCUGAGCAUGGACCUAUUCCUGAACCAGACCGAAUACAUGCCGUCGGUGAUCGCCCAGAACGCUGGGGCGAGGCUGGUCCUCCAUUCCCCAGAUGUGCUCCCGGCUCCCAACCAGAUGGGAAUGGACAUGAGGCCCAACACCAGAAACAACAUUGCCAUCUCCACGAUGAUGGUGGAUCGCUUGCCCUCACCAUAUCCGUCUGCUUGCUUCGACGACUGGAGUCAGACACCUUUCAAUGCUACUGUGGCCUCGCAUCAGCCUGCUUACUCCCUCACUAUUUGCGAGAGAUACUGCGUGAUACAAAAGGUGGAAGAGCUCUGUUAUUGUCGAGAUCCCCGUUUCUCUGACAGUUUCUCUUACAACGGCACCGUCUUCGAUGGUCCCUGGUGCGACGUAACCGUCGGAAGUGAUGACGACAUAUGCAUCAAUGUCGUGAGGAUCUUGAUCGCAAACCAAACCAUCUCCUGCCCCUGCAACCUUGCUUGCCACGAGGUGGACUUCGAGGCAAGCGCGACGUCGUCAACCUGGCCAGCAGAUUCCUAUCUGAACCAGAUCGCAUAUCUGUAUCUGCACGAGGGGGAGAAUUCGACGGACGUGACCAUCAGCAAGGCGGAGAGGCAGCAGAUCAAGGACGAGUUCAUCAAGCUCGACAUCUACUUCAAGUCCCUGAACAUGCACACCGUGGGGGAGUCGGCCAAAUACGACGUUCCGAACCUGAUCGCGAGCCUUGGAGGAGCCAUGGGCCUGUACCUCGGCAUCGCCCUCGUCAUGGCAUUCGAGAUCCUGGAACUCAUCAUCCUCCUCUUCUUCAACGUGUCUGCUUUCCUCUGCUGCCGAACUUUCGGGAAGAAGAAUCCCGUCGACCCGAGCAAGUCCAGAGGUAGGAAGGCAUCAGACGUAUUUCUUCAGAAGGUCCUCGGUCCCGGUGGAUAUUCGCCUCGUGCCCCCAUGCCUUACCCCGGUGCCCCUUCACCUCCCGUGUACCAUUCACCUCCUCCAGGUGCCCUGACGGCAAAGGACAUGAUGUUCUGAGCAGCCCAUGACCUCGCAUUCCUCACUGAUCGCUUCGUUCGUCUGUUUCGCACCGUGUGCCUUUUGUUUAGUGAAGCAUAUUCAGGUUUCCGCACGAGUGGAACAUUUUCGCCGUGCAGGAUUUCCAGUCUGCAAAAAUUACCAUAGACAGAGAUGAAUCUUUUCGCAUCGCGUGCAGUUUGAGUAAGCAAACCCUCUGCUGGAUCGGGGGUCAGAGUUUAUUCUUCGAUUCUCUCCUUUUCUCGGCGUGUCUCUCGCCUCCCUAUUCUGAAUUGUUCUGAAACCAGAAUUGUGGGCUGACGGCUUCGAAUUCAUGCGAUCAAGCUAUUUCAUGAUCAUGCUUUCGUGAGAUGCAUGUGCCGCAAAUGGUAUCGCUUUUUUGUGUGUACGGACGAAUAAAAGACGAGC